AUGGACGUAAACAACAUAAAACCUGGACGAAAACGUUGUAGCUCUAAUAAUGAAGCAGUGACGUCCAUCUGUGGUUGUGGGGAUUUCCGUCGAACAGGAACUUCCUGCUUCACUAUUCGUGGAAGACAGAAACGAGUAGAACGUCCAAUUGCGGCAAAACCAGCUCCAGUGUGUCCAGUCGAUAACACCAUCUCGGCUUGUGUCGUGACGCCGGAAGAUUGCUUCAGCGACGCAGAAUGCAAGCAGGGUCAACUGUGCUGCCCCCGGGGAUGCUCCCGCCGUUGUACUGCGCCGACGUUUCGCCAACCUGACCCUAGAAGUCGCUGCACUCGCGGAUCGUGUCCCAGAGGCACUUCAUGUGUCAUCUACGAGACGAAUUGCAACCGCGGCAUUACCGGUCUACGCCUUUGUCCGCUUGCUACUAUCUGCGUUCCUGAUUUCCGGGAUCAAUGUCAAGUGAUCAGGUGCACAAGUGAAACUCAGUGCAGAUACCGGCCAAAUCCAAGCUGCGCGAGACCAAGCAGAUCUUGUCCGCCAAUUGCGGAUUUUCACGCUUUCAGCUGCCAAGUUAUCGACGAAUUCGGAAUGAUGAAAGCCGUCGUCGACGUCUGCGCACGUCGAAACGAAUAA